AUGUUAAUUAAGUGGAGGUUUGUUUUACGCGUUUCAGUCUCCUUCAACAUGGCCAAAUCGAAUUCAAAGCCAUACUACGCCGUCAGAAAGGGCCGAAAAACAGGUGUAUUUACAUCAUGGGACCAGGUGCAGCCGCUGGUCGACAGAUUCCCCGGCGCCCAGCAGAAGAGAUUCGAAUCACUGGCCCAAGCGGAGCUAUGGGUUUCCACAGCCGUUUGCGUGUCUCCUCCAAAGAGCACGCCGCCGUCCAGUGCUGGUUCUAACGGAACACAAAGUCCUCGCCUCGACCGCAGUCCUCGCAAACCGACGUGGUCUUCGUCGCAAUCGUUGGGAUUGGAGGGGGUCCGAAGAGACCUUCCAUCUUCUCCCACAAGAUCCAAGCCGAGGAUGGACAACUACACGACCAAGGUGAACAAUGAGAAGAUGGAAGUUGCAACAAGGGCGACGAAUCUGGAAAAUCCGACAAACUUGACGGGAAAGGAGGAGACAACAUGGUGUCCUACGACCAGUGAGAUGGAAAUGGGCUGGUCCAUGUUCCGUAUGAUCCAGUCUGAUCCGUGGAACAAGGUGGAGGUGGAGGGACGAAUAGAAUCUGGACGGACAUUGUUUGAGAUUUAUUUCAACGAAAACAACUCCCAGAAUGUCGUGCGUCCUGUUGUUGUUGCUGACUGCCAAACUGAGGAGGAACAGGUGGCCAGAGCAGUGUUGGUAGGUGUCUAUGAAGCAUGCAAAUUGAUACACGCUCGCAACGAUGGACUCAAGUACGAAAUACAGACCACAUCCAUGUUUGUCAUUGAGUGCUACUAUCGACGGUGUUUCAAGUGGCAGAUUAAUGGUUGGGUGGAUACAGACAAUACCCCUGUACCUCACAGAGAGGUGGUUGAGCCUACGAUGGAGUUGUUGCAGCAGUUGAAAGGAAGGAUCAGAUUUGGGAAGUUGAAGGUGGUGGAACAAUGA